UGUUACAGGACUCUGGCCAUGGAGCCGGGCACCAUCGACAACCUGUCCAUCCUGUACCAGAGCUCUGACUUCAUCGUGGUCAACAAGCACUGGGACCUGCGCAUCGACAGCAAGAUGUGGUACGAGACACUGACCCUGCAGAGCCAGCUCAAGCACCGCUUCCCCGAGCUGGCCGACCCCGACACCUACUAUGGCUUCAGGUUCUGCCACCAGCUGGAUUUCUCCACCAGUGGGGCCCUGUGUGUGGCACUCAACAAAGCAGCAGCUGGAAGUGCCUACAAAUGCUUCAAGGAGCGCCUGGUGACCAAAGCCUACCUGGCCCUGGUGAGAGGCCACGUGAGCCAGAGCCGGAUGACGAUCCGCUACUCCAUCGGGAAGAACACCACGGAGGGCAUGACCCACAUGAUGUGCAUCGAGGGCACGGAGGGCUGUGAGAAUCCCAAGCCGUGCCAGUCGGAGCUGAUGGUGCUGGAGCACGGAUCCUACAGCGGAGACCCCGUCACCAAAGUGCUGCUGCAGCCACUGACAGGCAGGACUCACCAGCUCCGGGUCCACUGCAGCGCCAUCGGCCACCCCAUCGUGGGGGACUUCACCUACAGCCGCCGGCAGGACAGCAAUCCCUACAGGAUGAUGCUCCACGCCUACUACCUGCGCAUUCCCACCGGGAAGGAGCUGAUCGAGGUGUGCGCGCCCGACCCCUUCGUCACCACCAUGGACAGCAGCUGGGUGCCCCAGCGCGUCACCCAGCGGCUGGAGGAUGUCAUCCAGGAGCUCAAGGACAAGGGCACGCGGAAGGAGGGAGAGGAGGAGGAGGAGGAGGAGAGCCGGGAAGCUGGCGGAGAGGAGGAAGCAGGGAGUGAAGGCAGGAGGGAGGAGACGGAGGAGCAGAGGGCGCGGUGCCGGCAGUGGUUGGCUGAGUGGGCUCUGGAGUGAGCACAAAGCACAUCCCCGCAUUUCCAGCUCCAUCCUUGUCCCAGCAGGUCCCCGCAGAGCCCAG